AAACUACUAAGCGAUCGACUGACGUACAAGUAAUAAUAUUAUUAUUUCAAAACGGACGAGUUUUAAACCGUGCGUGUAGCAAAAUUAAUUUUAGAAACGAUCUCGAAAACGGAUAUGGCCGUCUGUUUGGUUUGAUAUUCGGUUAUCCGCGUUGUGUACACAACAAAGUUCGAUAAUAUUUUCAGUACUGGUCACUUUUCGGUUUUGUACCGUGUGCGAACGAUGACGAGACCGAAACCGAAUUUGCCUUGGGUAGAAAAGUAUCGUCCGAGCACUUUGGAUGAGUUGAUUUCGCACGAAGACAUCAUACAAACAAUUAAUACGUUUAUGAAACAAGAUCAAUUACCUCAUCUCCUAUUCUAUGGACCUCCGGGUACUGGUAAAACCAGUACGAUCUUAGCUUGCGCUAAACAGUUGUAUACUCCUGCACAGUUCCGUUCGAUGGUACUUGAAUUAAAUGCUUCAGAUGACAGAGGAAUUAACGUUGUUAGAGGACAAAUUAUGAAUUUUGCAUCAACAAGAACCAUUUUUAAAAGUGGUUUUAAAUUAAUUAUCCUAGAUGAAGCUGAUGCCAUGACAAACGAUGCUCAAAACGCAUUGAGAAGAAUUAUAGAAAAGUUUACUGACAAUGUCCGUUUUUGCUUAAUUUGCAAUUAUAUCAUCAAAAUUAUUCCGGCACUACAGUCUCGGUGUACACGUUUUCGAUUCGGUCCACUUGAUUUUAAACAAAUUAUGCCAAGACUUGAAUAUGUUAUUGAAAAAGAAAAUGUUAAAGUAACGGAAGAUGGUAAAAAAGCACUGAUAGAUUUGGCACGUGGUGAUAUGCGAAAAGUUCUUAACAUAUUACAAAGUGCUGCUACUGCAUUUCCUGAAGUAAAUGAAGAUUCUGUCUAUACAUGUGUGGGUCAUCCACUUAAGAGUGAUAUUAUGAAUAUUCUAAAAUGGUUAUUAAAUGAUGAUUUUGCUUCCACGUUUAAAAAAAUUCAAGAAAUCAAAAUCCAAAAAGGCUUGGCCUUACAAGAUAUAUUAACAGAAUUGCAUACAUUUUUAUACAGAUUGGACUUACCACCAGAUUCUCUCAUAGAAAUAUUAACAGAAAUGGCUGAAAUUGAAAUGCGUCUCAAUGGUGGGACUUGUGAAAAAAUACACCUCGGUAGUUUAAUAAGUGCUUUUUAUAUGAUUAGAUCAAAGUUAAAACCAGCUGAUGAAUAAAUUCUGUGCGAGUAUUCCUAAAAUAAUUUAUUUUUAAUAUAUUUUUAUCUGUGUUCAAUGUUAGUAUUAAAUUGAAAGUGUUAUUAUACCAGAAAAGUAUUUAAAAAAAAAAAAAAAAAAAAAACACUAAAU